AAUCAAGUCAGGUGACGAACCCUUGUGACAUUUCUUAAUUUACUUACUGAAAAUAUUUUAUAAAAACAGUUUAAAAUCCCAUAAAAAUGGCUUUGCAAUCAGCCGUAAAAGGAAAACUAAUCAGCGUUAUUGGAGACGAGGACACAUGCGUCGGUUUCCUGUUGGGUGGAAUUGGUGAAAUAAAUAAAAACCGACACCCUAAUUUCAUGGUCGUUGACAAGAACACAGCUGUAAGCGAAAUUGAGGAGUGUUUCAAGAGAUUCGUCAAGCGGGAUGACAUUGACAUCAUCCUUAUCAACCAGAAUAUUGCUGAGAUGAUCCGACAUGUAAUCGAUGCACACACAGCCCCCGUGCCCUCAGUUCUUGAGAUCCCUUCUAAAGAUCAUCCUUAUGAUGCCAGCAAGGAUUCCAUUUUACGUCGUGCUAAGGGCAUGUUCAACCCUGAAGACUUGGUACGCUAAUUAUAUAGUAUAUUGCAUGAUAAUUCUGUUUGUUUCAAAGCAGACAUCGGCACUUGUAUAUAUGCCAACCAAAAAUAACUAACUGCUAUUGUACAAUCUAUAUUUGAUUUAUCCAUGUGCAAUUUUUAAAUAAUCAGUUUGUUGCCUGACACAUACAUUCCACAUACAUAACAAAAAUAUAUUUUAAACCAUGAAACAAUACAGUAAAAAUUAUUUCCUAGUAGAUUAAUUAUCAAAUAUGAAUUAUUGAAAUAAUGUAAUAGAAUAUUAAUCUUGUAUAAAUUUGUUGAAUUUCUAUUAUUGUAAUAUAUAUAGAAAAAUAAAAACCAUAUGAAUUG